UCGAUUACUCUCAUUAUGCCAAAAAUUUGCGUCGAAUUCAAGUGAAGAAGAGCCAAGAAAGUCUAUUUUGUUGGCCCCUCAAACGCUCACACAUUUUCUCUCUCCUCCUCUCAACUGCCUGGAAUUUUCUUCCAACUUUUUUGUCGACUCUUCUCUAACCCCCUCUCAAAAAAUUAGAAAUUUUAUUUAUUUUUUCAAAAUUUUCUGUAAUUUUGUAUUGAAUUACAACUGGGAGUUGAAAAAGAAAGAAAAGCUUUAAUUUUUUUUAAUUUUAAUUUUUUGAUCUGGGUAUUUUUCUGGGGAAUCUUGAUCUAUCUUCAAUUUUUUUUUUAAGAUUGUAAAUAUGGCAAUAAGCAGCUGAGUAUAGUACUGAUUGAAUUCUGCCAACCCAUAAAGAGAGUGAAAAUCUUUAAUUAUGGGUUGGUUGAGUAAGAUUUUUGGAGGUUCCAGCAAUAGUCAUAGAAUAUCAGAAGGACAAUACCAUGGACGGUAUGGAGAGGAUACAAUUUGGGACGGUCCUACCACUUCCGGGGACGCGUGGUCAGAUUCCGGGAAUGAAGAUAUUGAUCGUGCAAUUGCACUUUCUCUUGCAGAGGAAGAGGAGAGACAACAGGAAAAAGAUCAGAAAGGCAAAAAGGUGAUUGAUCAUGAUAGUCUACUUGAGGAAGAUGAACUACUGGCCAAGGCUCUUCAAGAAAGUUUAAAUAUGGAAUCUCCAGCUCAAACUCCACCCCCGACUCCUCCCCGACCGCCUCCUCAAUAUGAUCGUGGAACUAUGAUGCAGCCUUACCCUUUCUUUUCCUAUGGAUACAGGACAUGUUCUGGUUGUGGUGCUGAGAUUGGUCAUGGACGAUAUUUAAGUUGUAUGGGUGGGUUUUGGCAUCCAGAAUGCUUCCGUUGCCAAGCAUGCAAUGAACCAAUAUCUGAUUAUGAGUUUUCUAUGUCGCGGAAUCGACCAUUUCAUAAAACUUGCUAUAAGGAGCAGCACCAUCCAAGGUGUGACGUCUGCAAAAACUUUAUUCCUACAAAUGCAGCUGGCCUUAUCGAGUAUAGAGCACAUCCUUUCUGGAUGCAAAAGUAUUGCCCUUCUCAUGAAUAUGAUAGGACUCCAAGGUGUUGUAGCUGUGAAAGAAUGGAGCCAAAGGGCACAGAAUACCUGGGACUUGAUGAUGGUCGUAAGUUAUGUCUGGAGUGCCUAGACUCGUCUAUUAUGGAUACUAAUGAAUGCCAACCCCUUUAUAUAGAGAUUCGAGAAUUUUAUGAAGGGUUGAACAUGAAAGUGGAGCAGCAAGUACCCUUGCUCCUUGUGGAGAGGCAAGCACUCAACGAGGCUAUGGAAGGAGAAAAACAAGGUCACCAUCACAUGCCGGAGACCAGAGGACUCUGCCUUUCAGAAGAACAGACUGUGCGGACGAUAUUGAAGAGGCCAAAGAUUGGAGGUCGGCACCAGAUAAUGGACAUGAUAACUGAGCCUUAUCGAUUGAUACGUCGUUGUGAAGUCACAGCUAUUCUGAUUCUCUACGGCCUUCCCAGGCUGUUAACUGGAUCCAUACUCGCUCACGAAAUGAUGCAUGCAUGGUUACGGCUUAAUGGUUACCCAAACCUGAGACCAGAGGUUGAAGAAGGAAUAUGCCAAGUCUUAGCUCAUAUGUGGCUGGAAUCUGAAAUCAUAGCUGGUUCUGGCAGUAGUAGUGGCGCAUCAUCUUCUUCCUCAUCUACAUCAGAUCCCGGAUCAUCUUCCAGCAGUAAUUCUUCCAAGAAAGGUAAAAGGUCUCAGUUUGAGAGGAAACUUGGUGAUUUUUUCAAACACCAAAUCGAGUCUGAUGGUUCGCCUGCUUAUGGAGACGGAUUUAGAAUAGGUAACCAGGCAGUAAGCAAGUAUGGACUGAAGAGAACUCUUGACCAUAUACGAUAUACAGGGACAUUCCCUUGUUGAGGCACGACACCAUUGUUACCUAGUGUAAUUUCUUGCUAUACAAAUGAACACUGGAAAUGCAUUAGAGGCUUUACAGGGUAUAGGAAUCAAAUCAAUAUUUCUUCUAUAUGAUUUUUGAGUACCACAGUUUUCUCUUCUCUUCACCCCUCCCCCCUCUUUUCUGUGAUUAUUUUGGUGUAUAAAAUUAAAAACCAAUAAGACUAUACAAAGAAAUGUAUUACUGCCCUUUAAAUAUAUAUAUAUAUAUAUAUCAACUA